UAAGCCUAAAAAUAGUCAUGUGUGAUCUUGUUUGAUUCGUCUUAACAUAUAGAUUAUUAAUAUAUAAUUUUUAUAAUUUUUUAAUAUAGAAAUUACAAGAUAAAAUGGAUUAAAGAAGUGCAUUGGAUGACGUGCAAAAAUGAAAGUGGACAAACACUCAGGGACGGAGGGAUCGUAACGGCAAUCGUGGCAGUCGAAGUAGAUACUUGCCACACUUCAUUAAAAUCCGAUCAGCCAAGCACAAGGAUAUUUUAGUAAUUUUAUUCUUUCUCUACCUCACGUUACCUAUUAAACAUACAAACACAAUUUUUUAACUCAUUACCUUACUUUACUUACAUUCAAUUACCUAUCAUUACCUACCUAAUAAAACUUUACUACCUCCAACCAAACGUACCCUUAGCCUUCGUUGAUUUCCUCCUUCUCGCCCGUGGAAGCUCCCGAAAAUGGCUUCCGUUUGUUUACGAAGACUCGGAUCACAAAUCUCGCGGAAUCCCUGCCUCACCCACCCCUUUGGAGCCCGAUCCUCCGCCACCUCCACAGCGCGGACUUCCUCCGCCAGGGUCUCCGACCGGAUCGUGAAUCUGUUUGCAAUUGAUCCGGAAGGCCGGAAGCGGAGCGUGAUCGGACUCUCCGGCCAGACUCUUCUCAAGGCGCUGACCAACCAUGGCCUGAUUGACCCGGCUUCCCACCGGCUCGAAGAUAUCGACGCCUGCUCUGCGGAGUGCGAGGUCCACAUCGCGGAGGAAUGGCUCGAGAAGCUCCCACCAGCCACGUACGAUGAACAGUACGUGCUCAAGAGGAACUCUAGGUCUAGGGUUUUGAACAAGCACUCCAGGCUCGGAUGCCAGGUCGUUCUCACUCAGGAGCAUCAGGGCAUGGUCGUAGCAGUCCCCGAGCCAAAGCCAUGGGACACUCCGUAAUCUCUGCCAGAUGACUUGAGCCCUUGCAGAUCGUUACAGUCUACCACAUCAAUGAAGUCCAUAUACAAAUCUCCAACAACUUGAGAUUGACUAUGAUGGUAAUCUUCACUACACAAAUUAGAAUCUACCCCCAAGUUUGUGCAACGAAGACGUCUAAAAAUGGAGUAGGUGGUAACGAAGAAUCACCGUGCAUUGUUAUAAUAAAAAUGUAUAAAAAUUUGCUACUUUACACAAAUUGUCUAGAUCUAUAAAAAGGAGUCUUAUAAAAAAAUAUGUAACACACCUACUUGAAAUGAUCGUUUUCUUCUUCUACAAACUGUUCUUUGUGUAAUACAACUCUGAGAUUGAGUUGUUAAUCAUUCUUGAAUAAAUGAGUAGACGAAUU